AUGGCAACACUGAAUGCAGUUGGAGCAUGCCAGUCUGGAUUCUCUCUGCUUCUCAGCUCUCGUCUGUAUAGGAUCUUUAUCAGACCAAAAUUUGAAUAUGGAUUGACUAUUCUCCCUCUGAAAAGAACUGAUACUAUUCAGCUUGAGAAGAUCCUAGAUAAAUGUUUGCACAUAAUUGUUGGUGGACAUCACACCUCAUCUACAACUGUGCUUAAACAUAUAUGUCACCUCCCUAGUAUGAGUUUCCGUGCUGAUGUGCUGAUAACUAAGUUUUGUAUUCGUGCUCACUACCUUCCCUCUGGCUGCCUUUUGUUUCUUCUUCACCGUCAUCACUCUCAGUCUUCAUCACUUGUCACUCUUCGUCAUAAUACUCUCCUUCAAAGCAUCUCUAUUGAUUUAAAUGUAGCACUACUUACUAUUCUCUGGCAUUUUGACAAGCUUUGUAAUCCUGAUGGUGACUACACUCAUGAAACUCAUUUUGAUACUCUUUGGGCUGGACUUAGCUAG